AUGGCUGCCGAGGGCGUUGCAGAGCACUAUCAGGUCUUGGAGGAGCUGGGCCGGGGCAGCUUUGGCAUUGUCUACAAAGGCAUCGAGAAGGCUACUGGCGAGACGGUCGCCAUCAAGCACAUCGAUCUCGAAUCGAGCGAGGACGACAUAGAGGAGAUCCAGGCCGAGAUUGCAGUCCUGAGCACAUGUGCCAGUCCUCAUGUCACCCAAUACAAGGGCUCGUUCCUUCGCGGACACAAGCUAUGGAUCGUCAUGGAGUAUCUUGGAGGCGGCUCAUGCCUCGACUUGUUGAAACCGGCAAACUUUAGUGAGACGCACAUCGCCAUCAUCUGUCGCGAGCUGCUCCUGGGCAUCCAGUAUCUCCACAGCGAGGGCAAGAUCCACAGAGACAUCAAGGCUGCCAACGUUCUGCUCUCCGAGUCCGGCAAGGUCAAGCUGGCAGACUUUGGCGUCGCCGCGCAGUUGACAAACAUCAAGUCGCAGCGAAACACGUUCGUCGGCACCCCGUUUUGGAUGGCGCCCGAAGUCAUCCAGCAGGACGGCUAUAGCUUCAAGGCAGACAUCUGGUCGCUCGGAAUCACUGCCAUGGAGAUGGCAAACGGCGAGCCGCCGCUGUGCCAUAUCCAUCCCAUGAAGGUUCUCUUCCAUAUUCCCAAGAACCCACCUCCCCGGCUUGAGGGAGACUUCAGCAGAGACUUCAAGGAUUUCAUCUCGCAAUGCCUUACCAAAGACUGCGAUCGCCGGCCGUCUGCCCAGGACCUGCUCAAGCAUCGCUUCAUCCGAUCCGCCGGCAAGAUUGAGGCGCUGCAGGAGCUCACCGCCCGUCGGCAGAUGUGGGAUGCAAACCAAAACCGCCACAAGCAUCCGAUAUACUAUCAGGAGACGCUUCAAACAAUCACCCCCAAGGACGAGGAGCAUGAGUGGGUUUUCGAUACCGUUAAGUCGGUCGCGCCGCUCAAGAGGCCUUCUGUGAAGCACAGAAGGCCUUCUUCGAUGCUUGUGUCAGAGGAAGGGCUACGAAAGCUCGAUCUCAACGACGGCCCACUUGGGCCAUCGUCCCCAGCAGUGGAGACGGUGCGGAAGUCCACCAUCCGUCGGGUCCCGUCGAUCGCCCAGCCUGCCUCGAUGCGCUCCAGUGGAUCGUCUCGUCCGUCGCUGGCUACGCGAAAGCCACUGCAGACCGACAUAGUUCCAUCAGACAGCUCAACGUCAGGACAGCUGGGCCAGUCACCUUUGCCCGACGACGCCUUUUCCGACGAGAACGUGCCGCCUCAUAUUGCGUCCCCAGUAGAGCCAUACGGCAAGGAGGCAAUCAUCGGGCGUCGACUCUACAACAAGGCCAAGCGAGAGGCCUUGGCCAAGCUGUCCGACGCAUUUGCGACCUUGGACGCCGUCGACCCCGAGGGGGCAUAUCAUCUAAUGAGCAACCUCAUUUCUUCCAUGUCCCAGGACAACAAACUCAGUACGACGCUGUUGCGCCAGCCUCUUCUGAAAACACCCGAUGACGGCACUCCCCAGGGAACUGUCAUUGUCAAGAGUUACCCUCCCGCCGCAGCGAACAGCCCUUCCAAGUUGGUUUUCAGCUCCAACAACCCUCACUUGAAGAGCCACCGCCGGCGGCAGAGCGAAACGCCGGCUCCCAAGUCGAGUGAGAGGGACUGCGACAGAGAAAAGGCGGCUCUUGUUGAGGAAAAGUAUCCGGGCCACGAGGCUCGUGCCGGCAUGGAGCACUGCAAGCAGCUCUCUGAUGUUCUCUAUCAGCGCUGGGCUGACAAUCUCCGGAUCAGGUGGCCGGCUGUCUGA